GUCUUUCCGGGUAAGGAUAGAGAUUUGUCAAAUAGUCCCUGCAUGGCAUGGUUGACAGGGUAGCUAAGGAAUCGGUUAGGGAACCAGGGUGGACAUUUUUAUCAGCCAGAAACAGAAGUUAAACUGCCAGAAUAAGGAGCAACUCCGUGUUUUCUGACUGUUUGACGAGCUGUCCUCACUCUGAGAGAGCGGUUUUUCACAUUUGUCAUUGCUCGGUUUAGCUAACUACUUAACGUUGGUCUUUGAAAAUGGCGGAUGUACCGACGGAGAAGAGCCUGGACGAUUUCUUUGCCAAGCGGGAUAAAAAGAAGAAGAAAGAGAAAGGAAAGGGCAAGGAGUCCGCCGCCGGGCCCACGUCGGUUGUGCUGAAAAAGACCAAGAAGGAGAAGGAAAAAUCGGCGAAAAACGAGAAUCAAGACGCACAGAUUGAGAAGGAGGACGAGGAGUGGAAAGAGUUUGAGCAGAAAGAAGUGGACUACAGCGGGCUUCGGCUCCAAGCGUUACAGAUAAGUGAUGAGAAAGAGGAGGAGGAGUACGAGAAGGAGGAGGUUGGUGAGGAUGGAGAGAUCAUUCUGGUCAGUGGAGACAAAGUGUCGGGGCCUUGGAACAAAUCUGGAGCUGCUCCUCCUCCUGCUGCACCUGUGGAGGACGUAGAGGUGCCUGAGGCGAAGCCUGCUGGUGUAUAUCGCCCUCCAGGGGCUCGACAGACCACAACCAGACGAGGUCAGAACCAGGGCCCUCCUGAGAUCUUCAGUGACGCACAGUUCCCAUCUCUGUUGGCCACCGCCAAGCACGUGGAGACACGCAAGGACAGAGAAAUUGAGAAGACCUUUGAAGUUGUGAAACACAGGAACCGUGGUAGAGAGGAGACCAGUGGUGCUUCUAUGCAGCACUUGCAGCUUGACAACCAGUACGCCAUCCUGGGGGAUAAGUAGAGCCGCUCCCUCCGUCCCCUGGCCCCUCCAGCAUGGUCCUGCCCAGCCCCUUGAAGGAAGCUGAACUCCAGCUGUGUGGACUGCAGUCCUGACAGAGCUCACACUGCCACCAUCACCACACUGUUUACUUACACAAAUACACAGCCCUGUAUACACACACGCUCAUUCAUUCACAGCAGUACCGCUGCAGCACAUACACAUACAGCGACACUCCCUUCAAAAAGAUCUGUAACACACUUUACAAUCAUUUGGUUGGCAAACCUGAAGGACUGCAUCUGAAGGGGCUGUUGAAAGAGGGAAUAAUUGAAAAGGAAUUAGGAAAAUACACCCAAACGUACAACACUGCAGCAGCAACAAAAGACAACGUAGUUGUCCUUUGUGGAUUGUACUCAGAGCGGCAGUUGUAUGGCGCAACGUCUCUCUGGACUUCAACUUGCUUCGAUAAAGCCACAGAGGAUCGAAGAACACUUCAGGCAAGAUGAUUUUACAAACUUCUGUGAAAAUAUCUAUUUUUUUGCAAGAUCGCUAUAACCCAAUUGCACAUGGUUAUUUUAGGGUGUGUUUUUGAGUUGCGGUUGGGGCUUCGGGAGUGGGGAAACUACCUCAGCAGCAUAGCUGGUGGUGACCAUGUGGACUGAGCUUUUUUCCGCUGUGGUGGUGAAGGGGGCAAACACCAACCCCCCCACAUACAAGCUGGGCAUCAGGCUCUUGAUUUAGAAACUUGAAGCUUUGUUUAUUUCCUUCAUGAUGGUGAUGAUGACGCUGCAAAGAUCUAUGGACAAGUGUCGACAGGUUGUGGUCCUCAUUUAGAAUUUCUAUAUUAAGUGGCCUUACUGAUAGAGAGAGAGAAACUGUUUUGUCAUCUGAAGAGAACUUUGCUUGUUGUCUCACGGGCUGUUGCCUGCCUCUGGAUCUCACCACUUUGUGGAAAAAGAAAAAAAAACAUACAAAGAAAAAAAUCCUUCUGUUCAAGAAUGUAGUGCUGUUGUAGUUUGCCUGAUGAUUACAACUACUAACUGUCUUUCAUAUCCACUGUUUUAGUUUGCUGCCCUUACUUUAUUUUGGUAUAUUUAGACAUCAGCAGAAGAGAAAUUAAAGCUUGUUUCUAAUCUGAAACCAUUCUUUUGGUAACAAUGCUUUACUGUGGUUCAACAGCAGUUGUCACAUAUGUUACAAUGCCAACAGAAUGACACAAAAUCACUUUAAAGGCAUAUUUGUUAAGGUUGUUUGCCCAUAUUGUCGUAAAGUGGUACAUUUCAACUCCAGUUUUAAGACUUAUCUUUUUUAUCGUAGUGUUACCAUACUGUUCUCGGCCCUCAUUGCAGUUUAGAACAGGAAGUUUGUGCAUAAUUUCAUUUCCAGAGAGUUACAGCGACUGCUGGUCUGUAAAUACAAACUGUCACCAAACCAACAGAGUACUAUCCACUUCCAAAACAGUGGUACGCCCAGUUAAAAUCAAAUGGGUUUUUAUUACAAGCAUAGUUAUGUUUAGAAAGGUGAAGAAGAACUGGAUUUAUGUUCUAUGUUUCUGUCCUUUCCAUAAAAGAUGUCAGGGAGUGUAGUUCCCUGCUGGGACACUUUGGGUGGACAUAGAUAAUAUUUGUGAUGAAAUCAGAAGAGCCUGACAAAAAAUAAAGUGAUCCUUGUGAAUUAA